AUGAAUCUUGAAUUGUUUCUUCUUUAUGAUGCAGAUGCCAGUGAAACAACGAUUACAGGUGUUGUUACUGUGACAUAUCCUGAAAUAGGUUACUGUUCAUACUCAGCUAUAUAUCAAUCAGUUUUCCGUGGAGCAAAACUGAUUAAGAGAUUUCUCACUUCUAGUCCCAAACAGUGUUUUUACGGGUGCUAUUUUGAAGGAUGUCGUUCAGCAAAUCUUAUUCAGAUUGAUAAUGAGAUAAAUUCUUGUGAAUUAUUCAGCUUAAUUCAAGCACUUUGCAGUGAUGCUUUGAUCGACUACCGUACAGCGACCGUAUUGGAAUAUGAUAGUGGUAGCGUAUAUUUUGAUGGUAUAAAAUGUAAGAAGAAACGUCAUAAUCAAAAAGUUCAGGAUAGCAAUAAUAGUAAUGAUGAUGAUGAUGAUGAUGAUGAUGAUAAUGAGCAAACUAUUAGUAAUAAUACUAAUAAUGCUAGUAAAUAGUA